UGUCAAGGUAUCUUUAGAGUUUGGCCGAGAAGCACCAAUUAGUGAAGUCAUGGUCAAGGUAUCUUUAGAGUUUGGCCGAGAAGCACCAAUUAGUGAAGUCAUGGUCAAGGUAUCUUUAGAGUUUGGCUGAGAAGCACCAAUUAGUGAAGUCACUGUCAAGGUAUCUUUAGAGUUUGGCCGAGAAGCACCAAUUAGUGAAGUCACUGUCAAGGUAUCUUUAGACUUUGGCGGUGAAGCACCAAUUAGUGAAGUCACUGUCAAGGUAUCUUUAGAAUUUGGCCGAGAAGCACCAAUUAGUGAAGUCACUGUCAAGGUAUCUUUAGAGUUUGGCCGAGAAGCACCAAUUAGUGAAGUCACUGUCAAGGUAUCAUAAGACUUUAACUUAGAAGCACCAAUUAGUGAAGUCACUGUCAAAGCAUCUUUAGACUUAGUGAGAGUGUCCUAUAUGUAGGUUAUCAUGGCAGAUGAUUUAGUGGGAGAAUCCAUGAGAACACUUACAAUAACAGUGCAAGGAUUAGGACUCCCGCUUCACGCAGAACAGAUUUGGUGUGAAAGCAGCAGUGUAUGAGUAUGACCGGGCUAUACACUGCUGCUGAAAGAUAUAACAUGACAAUUAGGGACUUAUACCCGAGAUCAAAAACCAUCAAGAAUCAAAACAGUCUUCAGAAUAAGGACAUCGAGGUCAACAUUUCCAUUCACAAUUCAUACAUUGAAAAUCAUAUCCGAAGAACUUAUCAUGCCUCAACAAGUGUUAUGAUCAUUCUUAAAAGAGAUCUUUUGUUACAUGCACUUCUCAAGUCUUCUGGGUCUUUAUAUGACCCAGAUAGUUUGUCGAGCGGUAAAAUUUCACUUCAACAGGCAUUGUCCACUUUAUCAGGCAGAGUAGGCAUUCUUGCCUGUAUAUUGUCUCGUACUUCGCCUAAUGCUGUGUUCUGAAUAAGGAUAUCAGGAGAAGAGUACCAGGAUAUCUUGGGAAGUGUACAGUUUAAGUGCCAGACAAUGAUUCAAUAUGUUGUGAAGAACUUAAAAAAUUGGAAAGCUACUCAAACAUGCUACAACUUUGUACAUGAGGAUCACCAUGCAACUCAACCAGCACCUUGAUAGAUAGGCAAACAUUGCAGUAACAGUCCAAAAUCAUCCAUUCCAUCCCAUAGCACAUUGGGCAAGGUAGUUUGCCGAAAGAUUUAUAAUAAUAAUAAUUUUCCCCAUUGCUGUUCUCUGCCAGAUUUCCCAAUGUCAACACCAGCAGAACAUGAGCCGCGUUACAAACGUGUGCUCAAUUAUCACCCAGAUUACUUGGAAGUGAAGCAACAAAAGAAGCAAAGAGAAGUGAAUGUUGAAUAUGGGAAAAAUGCAUGCACAGGAAAGUUCUUCAUUCGUGUGUGGAAAGGUGAUCAAAAUAUUGAGUACAUAAACAUUGACAAGGACCAGUUCUGUGGGGUGCAGAGAUGGCACUUCACCAAAAGGAACUCGGGAUGGAAGAACACAACUGUGGAGAAGUUCUUCAUAGCGAUCCUGCUAAACCAUGCCACAUACGUUUUCCAGCAGAUGAAUAGAGACAGCAUCAGCGAAAAUAAACAACAGACGGCAAAUUUCUUGGUGGAGUUGGAAAAUGUUAUGAAAGAAGAUUUAGGAAUUAAAAAUUGGUGGAAAUGUGUUACCUGUCACAGUAGUAAUGAACAGAGCCAAAUCACUUUGCAUUUAACCAAAAGUGCCUUGUCCAUGGUGGAUGGGAAAGAACAUCGUCCUGCAUGCUUGAAGAGAUGGGACAUCUCAGAGGUGAAAGACUGUCAAGGUUUAGACGGUGAUGGAUCAAAAUUUGUUGUCCAGUUUCAUUCAGGGUGCAAGCUUAAGUGUGCAUCAGGAUGCAAAAGUCAAGAAAUCAUAAAGCUGAUGAGAGCCACCAUUAGACCUACUAUUCCCCCACGCCCAAAAAGGAAAAAUGCCUUUAGAACUUAUCAUUCUUAUGGACAUACACAAAAUGAUGAAAUAGAGAACAGCUAUGAUCAAUCUGGUUCAAACGUAUGUACUCUUCCUUCUGGGUGGAGACCUGGAGGCAUGACUCAAUCUAGUGAAGACAAUGGUCACGGUAACAUUUGGGACUUCAUGUCGGCUGUCAGUGAAAAUACUCCUGACCAAAACCAUGAGGAGGUGGAGGAUUGCACUGGGACGUCAUGUGGUACAGGAAAUAAACCCAUCACUUUUGAGAGCGUCGAGCGCAGGAAGAAUCCCUUUGUUAGACAAAGGUCAGUCUGCAGUGGUUGUUAUACGGAGAGUAACUGUCAAAUUAGUGCCUCAUUUGGGAAUUCACGCAGGAGCAGUAGCUAUGGGGAUCUUGCAGAUAUCAAGGACAUGGAUUUUACUUUGUGGGGCAAUACAGAGAAGGUAGCUGGACCCCAACCGCUGUCAAAAAGGAAAGGAUCAGAAACGAGAUCAACGAUGAAGCUGAAAUUGGACCGGAUAACGAAAAGGGAUCAAAUGAGUAUCCGUAAAUCUGUACACGAGGCGACUGAUACAGACACUUGUGACAAAGGGUCACUGACAAAACAGGUUAGCAUUUGGGAGUUCGAGCCUCACAGCAAACAAACAUCAGAUGUGGUUUACACACUGAAGAGAAUGAUGGAUAGAAAGCCUCCCGAGAAGGACACAUUAGGUCUUCCCUGGGUGCUCUACCAUACCGUCUGUUGCAAACUCAUUCCUGACUCUUCCUGUCCUGGACUCACAAAAGACUGGCGUUUCUUAGCAGAAAAUAUUGGUUUCCACAAUGAGGAUAUCCAAAUGAUUGCAUCCUUCAUAUAUCAAACUCCUAUUGCAACACCACAGGAUAUUUUGUUACAGUGCUGGCAGGACAGGCACAAUCGUUGGCAGGGGUGGUAUUCGCCAGAGUGCACAGCCAAAAACCUUGUCAAGAUCUUGGAAAAGAUGGACAGAAGAGACAUUGCAGGAAUUAUCAAAAACGCAAAGAAGAAGCCAUCAUUGGCAUCAGCAUUAGGUCUCAAUAAACCGUUUCGAAAUUGACCAAGUGUCCUUCCCCUUGUAAAGUCAAAUGCUUUUUUUCUAAUCGGCUGUGCCAUGAUCAUCAAUGGAAUUCACUAAUUGCACUGAUCAUUCUUUGUGGGUUGAACAGAAGCAAGGCACAUGUUCAUGGUAUAAACACAAGCGUGCCAGACCCAAUGAUUCUGUGAUGGGCUUGGAACAAUGAAAUGACCCCCAAUUUUCUUGUUGCAGAAUUGGAGUAGUAUCGUAUAUGUAUUGGUAACAAACCUAUAUGCCUUUGAAGGCUUCCAAAGGUCUGUGCAACAAUAAAAAUAUGCACUUUUUAGGUAUAUCAUGCCAGUUGUUUUGCCUCAUCAGGAGUCAUCUUGAUGUAUGGUUGAUGGAUUUCAUGAAGUUCUGUGAAAUGAGUCCUCAGGGAAAUGAUUACAUUAAUGCAGAAGAGGUCAGUGGUUAGCCCAUCUUUUUCUUUAGUUCAGACACAGGCUUCUCUUUACUAUGUUUAAAUAGGUUGCCUAUUCUAGAUAACCCAGAAAUCUGCAUGAAACGCCAAGUGUUAAUGAGAGAGAGUGCAGCAGAGAAAAUAUACAAAAUGUCAAUAGAUCUGUUACUAUUUAACGUUACUACUGAAAUAGAUUUAGAUAUCCUUCAUUUGGCCACAUGGGCCAGAAGGAACAAGCCCUAUCAAAAAUGAACAAACUAUUUCUAAAGCCUUUUACUUGUACAUUUAUUAAUUCGAAGAUUGUCUCAUCAUUGUUUAUAUUCAGACGUGUCACUUCAGUUCCAGUUAGAUAGGCAAACAAACUGCAAGUUACUACUCUUUUUGAUAAUGCACAAUUUCCACUCAAACACAGAUGACCUACAUGUAAUUCAAUAGCCCGCCAGAGGCCUUUUGGGAAGAUCAGGGGAAUGUUGCGAUAAUGUACACGUACGUUUAUCACAAACAUACUUGACAAAUAAAAUUCUCUACUCGUACAAUUCUCCAUAAAAUUCAUUACAUUAUCUGAAUGAAUAAUAACACUUGAGCAUCCCCUGUGAAUAUGUCCAUAUCUUUGUUUAUUGUGUAAAUAAAGUCUUGAAAACACA